AUGGGCUCCGCGGGGCUCCCCCUGACGCUGCUGCUGCUGGUGUGGGCGCUGGCCCGGAUCCCCGGAAGCGAAGGGGGGAAGGAGACCCCCGCCCAUUUCCUGUACCAGGCGAAGGCCGAGUGCUGCUUCCUCAAUGGGACGCGGUGGGUGAGGCUCCUGAACAGGUACAUCUAUGACCGACAGGAGUAUCUCCGCUUCGACAGCGCCCGCGGGGAGUUCGAGGCCGUCACGGCGCUGGGGGAGGUGGAUGCGGAGGCUUUCAACAGGGAUAAGCGCCUCCUCCAGUACUGGAAGGCCAGAGUGAAUCGCUUCUGCCGAAGCAACUACGAGGCUCUCCAGGGCGGCCCCUUGAUUGGCCGGAGAGCCAAGCCCACCGUCUCCAUCUCCCCCACCAAGCUGGAUCCCACUUCCCCUAACACCAUCCUCCUCUGCAUCGCGAGGGGCUUCUACCCCAUGGAGAUUGAGAUCCGGUGGCUGAAGAACGGGCGGCCGGAGGAGGAGGGCGUGGCCUUCGGGGAAGAGCUCCAAAAUGGAGACUGGACCUACCAGCUCCAGGUGAUGCUGGAGACCCAGCCCCAGCGGGGAGACGUCUACACCUGCCAGGUGGAGCAUGCCAGCCUGGAAGCCCCCAUCACCGUCCAGUGGGAGCCCCGUUCCUCCAACUCGGCCAGGAGCAAACUCUGGACGGGGAUCGUGGCAGCCGUGAUCGGGGUGAUCUUCUUUGCCAUGGGGCUCUCCCUCCACCUGAAGAGCAAGAAAGCAAUUCCCAUCCAGCCUCCUGCAGCACUCAUGAAUUAAUCCUGCCGUCCUUCCUGAUUCCUGAUGGGAAAGGAAGUUUUUUUUCCCAGUAGCUGAUGAAUUUCUGUCUUUCUUGCAAUGUCUGAAAAAUGGAGGCUCAAGAUUUUAGAUUGGGGAGAGGAGGAGAAUGGCAGCCUGGAGCUUCUGCUGCUGAGACCCCUCUGGCUUUCCUUUCAGGGCCUCCCUUUCUUGGUAGGGAGGAAGGGAUGUCUGUCACUCCAGACAUCCAACUAUGCUUUGAACCCACAGCAGCUUCAUCUCCAUCACUCUUCCUCCGAAUCCCUUCCCUUCCCUUUGCAGUAAAAGAAUAAAAUUUAGAUUGUAGGAAAAUGCAGGAAUUUUUCCUUUCUUCCUCUUCCUCCUCCUCUUUCCUGCCCCUCAGGAGAGUCCCCCCUUCUCCCCUCCCCAUCCCCAGACUGACCAUCCCGCCUAGUUUAGGCCUGAAAGGAGUAGAUUAGUAAUCAGAAAUCUCAAAUGAUUCUAAAGGUGGACAGAAAAAGCCAACUGAAAGUCAUAAAUUCAGGCAAAUAAGAAAAGCAGAGGUUGCUAGUUAACUGAAACCGCAAGAAGAGGAAACACAAAAACUGAGGAUAAAGUUUAGAGCUUAAGGCAGCAAAGGCAUAACCAGAAACAACUGUAGAGAUCAUUAUAAGAAUUGAGCUUUGUUUACAGAAUAUUAGAUGGUGAUGGAUAGAAUGUGCACAAAGGAGCUUCCUGGAAUGUGGGGAGGGGGACAGUCGUUUUAGGAGGUCCGGAUAGUUUAUCGGAUGAUUAGGGAAGGGGCGUUGAGUGUGAUAGGGGAGGGGGGAGUCUGCCUCGGGGGUAGGAUAUAAAAAUGUGUGAAACAGCUCUUGAGGGUGUGGCUGGACUCCUCCAUCUGUUUCAGCUCACCAAACUGAAGCAAAUGCUUCUUUUGAAAUAAAACUAUGUUGCUGGAA